CGCCCAGCCCUCCCCCUGGGCGGGGACCCGCCCGCCGUCAUCUUAGGUUGAGGCACCCUGCGUGUGUCUAUAACUUUGUGCUGCUGCGGCGGCCGCCCUGCUCGUGAAAGGGAGGAGGAGGAAUGUGGAAGGUGGCGGCGCGCAGGCUGACAGGCGGUUCCUCAGGCGGGCUGCGGCGGCGGCCGAAGCGCCUCUCCUUCGCCGAGGUUGCGCGCCUCCUCUUCGCUGUGCCCCGGGCCCGCGCGGGAUUGUGCGUCCUCCCACCUUGUCCCUGAAGGGAAGGAACCGAGGCGGCGGCGGCAGUAGCGGCGGCGGCGGCGGCGCCUGGGAGCUCUAGCCUUCGCGGCGUCCCCGUCCCUCCCCCGCCGCACCCCGCCCGGGCAGAGAAGGGAGCGCGAGAGCCCGAGCCGCGGGCGGGCGGCGAAGAUGGCAGAGGCGCCGGCCUCCCCGGCCCCGCUCUCUCCGCUCGAAGUGGAGCUGGACCCUGAGUUCGAGCCUCAGAGUCGGCCGCGCUCCUGUACGUGGCCCCUGCAGAGGCCAGAGCUCCAGGGAAGCCCAGCGAAACCCUCGGGGGAGGCGGCCGCUGACUCCAUGAUCCCCGAGGAGGAGGACGAUGAAGACGACGAGGACGGCGGCGGUAGGGCCAAUUCGGCCAUGGCGAUCGGCGGCGGUGGGAGCAGCACUCUGGGCGCUGGAAUGCUCCUUGAGGACUCGGCCAGGCUACUGGCUCCCGGAGGGCAGGACCCGGGGUCUGGGCCAGCUCCCGCGGCGGGUGCGCUGAGCGGGGGAACGCAGACGCCGCUGCAACCUCAGCAGCCACUGCCACCGCCGCAGCCAGGGGCGGCUGGGGGCUCUGGGCAGCCGAGGAAAUGCUCGUCGCGGCGGAACGCCUGGGGGAACCUGUCCUACGCCGAUCUGAUCACUCGCGCCAUCGAGAGUUCCCCGGACAAACGGCUCACUCUGUCCCAGAUCUACGAGUGGAUGGUGCGCUGCGUGCCCUACUUCAAGGAUAAGGGCGACAGCAACAGCUCUGCGGGCUGGAAGAACUCUAUCCGGCACAACCUGUCGCUGCACAGCCGGUUCAUGCGGGUCCAGAAUGAGGGAACCGGCAAGAGCUCUUGGUGGAUCAUCAACCCCGACGGAGGCAAGAGCGGGAAGGCACCCCGGCGGCGGGCUGUCUCCAUGGACAACAGCAACAAGUACACCAAGAGUCGUAGCCGCGCAGCUAAGAAGAAAGCAGCCCUGCAGACAGCUCCUGAGUCAGCAGACGACAGUCCCUCCCAGCUCUCCAAGUGGCCUGGUAGCCCCACGUCACGCAGCAGCGAUGAGCUGGAUGCAUGGACGGACUUCCGCUCGCGCACCAAUUCCAAUGCCAGCACAGUCAGUAGCCGCCUGUCACCCAUCCUGGCAAGCACAGAGCUAGAUGAUGUCCAGGAUGAUGACGCACCACUCUCCCCCAUGCUCUAUAGCAGCUCAGCCAGCCUCUCACCCUCUGGAAGCAAGCCGUGCACCGUGGAGCUGCCGCGUCUGACCGACAUGGCAGGCACCAUGAAUCUGAACGAUGGGCUGGCCGACAACCUCAUGGAUGACCUGCUGGAUAACAUCACACUCCCGUCGUCUCAGCCAUCCCCCACCGGAGGGCUCAUGCAGCGGAGCUCCAGCUUCCCAUACACCACCAAGGGCUCCGGCCUGGGCUCUCCAACAAGCUCCUUUAACAGCAGCGUGUUUGGACCCUCGUCUCUGAAUUCCCUGCGCCAGUCUCCCAUGCAGACCAUCCAAGAGAACAAGCCAGCUACCUUCUCUUCCAUGUCACACUAUUUUACCCAGACACUCCAGGACCUGCUCUCUUCAGACUCACUCAGCCACAGCGAUGUCAUGAUGACCCAGUCGGACCCCUUGAUGUCUCAGGCCAGCACCGCUGUGUCUGCCCAGAACUCCCGCCGGAACGUGAUGCUUCGCAAUGACCCAAUGAUGUCCUUUGCCGCCCAGCCUACCCAGGGAAGUUUGGUCAAUCAGAACUUGCUCCACCACCAGCACCAAAGCCAGGGCACUCUCAGUGGCAGCCGUGCCUUGUCGAAUUCUGUCAGCAACAUGGGCUUGAGCGAUUCCAGCAGCCUUGGGUCAGCCAAACACCAGCAGCAGUCUCCUGUCAGCCAGUCUAUGCAAACCCUCUCGGACUCUCUCUCAGGCUCCUCCUUGUACUCAACUAGUGCAAACCUUUCCGUCAUGGGCCAUGAGAAGUUCCCCAGCGACUUGGACCUGGACAUGUUCAAUGGGAGCUUGGAAUGUGACAUGGACUCCAUUAUUCGUAGUGAACUCAUGGAUGCUGAUGGGUUGGAUUUUAACUUUGAUUCCCUCAUCUCCACACAGAAUGUUGUUGGUUUGAACGUGGGGAGCUUCACUGGUGCUAAGCAGGCCUCAUCUCAGAGCUGGGUGCCAGGCUGAAGGAUCACUGAGGAAAGGGGAAGUGGGCAAAGCAGACCCUCAAACUGACACAAGACCUACAGAGAAAACCCUUUGCCAAAUCUGCUCUCGACAAGUGGACAGUGAUACCGUUUACAGCUUAACACCUUUGUGAAUCCCAUGCCAUUUUCCUAACCCAGCAGAGACUGUUAUGGCCCCUUACCCCAGGUGAAGCACUUACCCUUGGAACAGAACUCUAUAUCUACAGUAUGCAAAUCUUCCUUGUACGGGGUGAUGCGCCACCUGCCAGCGAAGGACAGCACCCUGCCAGCACCACCCACCCUCCGUCAGAGCACACCGUGAGCCCCUGUUGGUGACUGUGUGGUGUUUUAAUACCGUGAUGGUUUAUGGGAUGUUCUAAGUGUUGUUUUGUGUUUGUUUUCCUUUGACUUUCUGAGUUUUUCACAUACAUUAACUUGCUGUAUUUUUCUGUUAAAAUGUUAACCAUUCUUCCCCUGGCAAAUUUAAAAACAGAAGGAAAAGGUACCUGUUACCAUUUUGGCUUUGGGCAUCACAAGUGUUUGAGCCCGUGGAACUCCAUAAACUAACAAAUUACAUAAUCUAGAGGGGGAUUUUCUUUCUUCUUUUGUUUGGUAGAAAACUAUCCUUUUCUAAGAACUGAACAAUGGCACAACUGUUUGCUAUGCGCCCCAGUCCAGGACUGCACCCUGUACAGGCACAACGGAUGGAACCGGGCCACCGGCGCAGUGCGUUUCAGCUCUGAGUCAGGGUGGCGGGCAGGCGCGCGCGGCCCCAGCACCUGGUCUGCAGUUGCCGGGUCAGUGGGGUGGGGUUUGUGGUCUCCUGCCAGUAUCCUCGGCUAAUGUAGCAAACAGUGAUGCUGUGUUGGUUGGAAAUUAGGAUCCUUUCAGGAAAGAAAUCAGCUCAGCUGUCCACUAAUUGCCAAAUGCCACUAAAGGAUUUAGUUUGAAGGAGAAAAGAAAAAAAGUCCUGUUUUGCUUUGUAGAAGAAAUGAACUUGCAGGUGAGCAUUAAGCCUACAGUGAGAAAUGUGUGAAAAGUACAAACCCAAGUCAGUGGAGGGGGAGCUCUAAGUUCACUGUUUUCCUAAAUACACACCCUUGAUUUUUCAACCUUGCUGUGUAUAAUCUGAUCUACUAGAUGUGUAUGAGUGAGAGGCAGUAGUAUACAAACUGAUUUUUUUUUUAUAUAUAAUCUUAGAUUGUAAUUGUACCAGUGACACAAUGGAAGUACAAGAUGGGGCAGUUUUGACUUUUUUCUUCCCACUUUCCUGCUUCUAUGGACUUCAUUUUGUUUUGUUUUCAAAAAGUUACGGUGCUGUAUAGGUGCUUUCUGUUUAACCUGGAACGUGGGAUUAUACUACUUACCUUCUUUGGUAGACAGAGUAGUUGGGAACACCUUUGGUACAUAUGAAAAUGAUGUAACGAUGCUCUGAUUAGCACAGCAUAUGCAUACUUCUCCAAAGUGAUAUAUGAAGACUCUUUUCUUUGCAUAAAACGCAUUAGGCAUAUAAGUGUAUAAAUAUAUUUUAUCAUGUACAGUACAAAAGUGGAACAUUCUGCAUGGACGUUAGGAAUACAGGCUAGUAUUUCAGCACAGACCUCCCUGCAUGAGUUCUCGCUGACGCUUGCACCGUGCAGUGGGCACUGACUCCCUUCCACCAACACAGACGUGCCGCCUGACCCCCUGCACCCACCACUGGCCACCAGGGGCCCCCUUGUGCACCGUGCUUUAUAAUUCCUCUGGGGAUAAUAUUGGUGGUGAUAACAGCUCCUUGCGUAAUGAAAGUUCCAUUUGGUAUUGUCACACGUCUCUCCUGCCUCGCUUGGGUUGUCAUGUUUGAGCGAUGGCCCUGUGGAUUUCAUCUUGCCUUUUACUGAAUCUGUAAAUUGUUGUGCAGUUGUGGUUAUAGUAGACCUGUAGCGUAUCGCCUUUCUAAACUGCUACAAGUUUAUAAUUUUCAUUUUAAAAGUAUGUAUAAUUUUUUAAAAUAUAUAUUCUAUUCACGUGGUCUGCUUGUCAGUGAGACAGACUUUUGCUUACUAUAUUUCUUUAUAUAAUGCUAGCCACUUCCUCGAUUCUUUGGUAGUCUGCUGUACACAAGCACUGUCCAGUCUCAGCGAAAGAGGGCUGCCUCGCUGGGUUUCUGAGUGACGUUGCCCUGCGUGGAGUUGUAGUUCAGAGACAGCGGCAGCGGCUUGGUGGGAUGGGGAGUAUUGGAUACAAAGGAGGAUCCAGAGUGCUUCCAACCUGAGGGCCCUGAGAAUUUCUCUCCGGAGCUCAAAGAAACAAGCAAACUAACAAAAUAGCUUUUUGCUUUUGCAGUUUUAUAGACCCCGGGAGCUACUUUUGGAGUAAGAAAGGCAACCCUCAAGUGUUUUUCAUCUUUAAAUGUUCCAUUCCUUUCAGACAUGUGACAUCUCAUUUAUUCUCUCCCCCCCACCCCGCCCCCGUGUUUGUUAGAUUUCAGGCAGAAUGUCUUAUAAAAUGUUCCAAAAUCAGAUUAUCAUUUAAUCUAAAAGAGCUGAGGGAGGGACAGAGGAGAGAAGAGAGCAGGGCAGCCACAGAGCAGAGCAGGAAAAUGGAGGGGAAGGGGCACUUCGAGUUUUUUGGUUCGCCCCGCCCCCCGCCCCGCCCCCCGAAGUAACAGCAUCUACACGUAGAGAGUUGUGGAGCGCUGAGGUCAGGGUAAGGUCAGGUGCCAGCACGUCAGUCCUAGGAGGGCGUCAGAGUGGAACAGUUAGGCCUGUCCAGGGUCACAGCAGUCCCUCUGUCAUCCUUGGCCAUGCUCUUGGACACCCACCCAGAGGCCAGGGCACCUCCAACCAGCCAGGUUCUGAAGUGGCCGGACUGGACAGAGGGGUCACCCUGAGCCCUCUGUCUCUCAUAUUAAGACCUGCUUUCAGGAAGGACCCACUGUUGACCACCAUGUGGAGAUGGGAGUGUCCUGGGCCCUCACAGCAAGUCCUCUGAUCGGAGCAUCUCAGCAGAAUGCUUAGUAGCUUCUGGAGCCUGGCUGCUCUCGCAUUUGCAUGCUGAUGAGAACUCUCCAAGGCAACCCUUGGCCUCCAAAUAGGCUGCUCUGGGCAGCCUUCCGCUUUUUGAUGGGAAAUUAGAAGAUUGACUGAUAUUGAAAGCAUGACAUGUAUUCUGCAGCUCUGUUGUUCUCUUCAGGACUCCAGAACCAGAUACUUUUUACCAAAGUUAGAGAAGAGCUUUAUCACGAGCUUUCACUGUCCUGGUGCGGGCACUGACCGCCGGGUCCGGUGUGCCCCGUUAACUGUGAAUGCCUCCAAGGUCAGGGUCCUUUAGCGCAUCCUCUGUGUUACAAUGAUUGCUGAAACACAUUUUGAAAACUUUCAGAAGUUUUUAUCCUGUUAACAGGAAUACUGUGCAUACACACGUAGAACAAGGCAGACUUUGUGUGUUUGGCGUUGGGUUUUGGCCUUACGUGUGUGUCACUUCCCCUCCCUGAGGAGAGGACCCCUGGGCUCACUGCUCAGGACAGAUAUGCCCAAUCUCAGGGUGUCAUUUCAAGUGGCUUCCAAACCUGUGAAGGAUGGUAGGCACAGACUUCACCACUACCUAAUGAACCCCCCACUUAAAGAUAAGGAACCUUUGACUCUCUUAGGACUGCCAAGAGAAAAGCAGCCAAGCAGCCGUCUCGAGCACUGAAGCCACAGGCCGGUGAGGGGAACUAAAAACGUUACCCUCCCUCUCCGAACGCAGAGACAGCACCCUGACAGCUCUGAACUCCGAUGUCCUUCUUCUGGCUGUAUUCAGGGAGCACUGUAUGAUUAGGCAUGAUAUUUUUUUUUUAAUUAACAAAAGCAAAUUUUUUUGAUAGAAAGGCAGUCACUGGCCAAGAAGUAUGAAAAAGCCAGCCUGUCAUGACGGUUGGGGGAGGCAGGGCACUAGAGGGGCCGGUGAAGUCCUCCUGAAGUCAUGUCUGUCAAACAGUGUCUGAAAGCAGAUGCCCAAGAAAUUAAAAAGAGUAUAUUAUUUUUGAUCUAAACCUUUCAUGGGUAGCAAUUUGUGCAGUCUGAGUGAUUGAAAUAUUUUCUCCUUGUGUAAUUUUAUUUGUAUGUAUUUUUCUUUGACGAAUGAUUGGUGACGAGGCCACUGCCACAUUUCAGAAAUAUUUGUGUGGCUGCUUUUAAAAACUGUGUGUCUGGUCACUUAUAUCUCUAAAAUUAUCUCAUUGCCUGGCAAUCAGUCUUCUCUCAUAUACUUGUCCUAGCACAUUAUUUAUGUACAUGGGAAAUGUAAACAGGUGUGAAGGAGGACCAGAAAAAUUAGUUCAUAUUAAAAAAAAAGUGCAUUGUGCAUUUUGGCUUCACAUGUUGAAAUUUUUUUAAGGAAAAAAAGUUGCAUGAAUGGGGGAAAAUCUCUAUACAGUAUCUGUAAAACGGUCUUAUCUGUUUCGAUUUCUUGCUCAUACCCCAUACAAGUAGAAGUAAAUAUGGUGCAUGGCCAUAUUCAAACACCCAAGAGUCAAGCAGUCAAUGCUCUGGUUUGAAGCGCCUCAUCCUUCCUCUCAAAGCCGAUACUAUCAUUGCAUUCUUACUGAGGAUUUUGUCUAACCGUUGUUGCCAUGAAUUAACUCUUUGGUCUUUCUUUUCAAGAAUCAAAGCCAGUUUGAUUUGGGAAUCUUCCCCUUUCCAAACGAAAUAGAGAUACAGUACUUAACUUUCCUUGGUGUUUGUAGAUAUUGCCUUGUGUAUUCCAUUUAAAACAGUAGUUUGUGAAAGAGAUGGUGACGCAUGUAAAUAAAGCAUCAAUGACA